GCUCGGCGGGGCGCUGGCGGCAGCACGACCCCUCAGUUCCCGCUGCCUAGCUACCAAGUAUCGGUGCCCGAGAACGAGCCGGCGGGCACCACGGUCAUCGAGCUGCGCGCGCACGACCCGGACGAAGGCGAGGCGGGGCGCCUGAGCUACCAGAUGGAGGCACUGUUCGAUGAGCGCUCCAAUGGCUACUUCCUCAUCGACACGGCCACUGGCGCGGUGAGCACUGCCCGCGCCCUGGACCGCGAGACCAAGGACACGCAUGUGCUCAAGGUGAGCGCUGUGGACCACGGCUCACCGCGGCGCUCGGCCGCCACCUACCUCACCGUCACAGUGAGCGACACCAACGACCACAGUCCGGUCUUCGAGCAGUCCGAGUACCGUGAGCGCGUGCGUGAGAACCUCGAGGUGGGCUACGAGGUGCUGACCAUCCGUGCCACCGAUGGCGACGCGCCCUCCAACGCCAACAUGCGCUACCGGCUGCUGGAGGGCGCAGGCGGCGUCUUCGAGAUCGACGCCCGCUCGGGCGUGGUGCGCACCCGGGCGGCGGUGGACCGGGAGGAAGGGGCUGCCUACCAGCUGCUGGUGGAGGCCAACGACCAGGGCCGCAACCCGGGCCCGCUCAGCGCCACCGCUACCGUCCACAUAGUGGUGGAGGAUGAGAAUGACAACUACCCCCAGUUCAGCGAGAAGCGCUACCUGGUGCAGGUGCCCGAGGACGUGGCAGUCAACACACCUGUGCUGCGAGUGCAGGCCACAGAUCGAGACCAAGGGCAGAACGCGGCCAUCCAUUACAGCAUCGUCAGCGGGAACCUGAAGGGGCAGUUCUACCUGCAUUCUUUGAGCGGCAGCCUGGACGUGAUCAACCCGCUGGACUUUGAGGCCAUCAGGGAGUAUACGCUCCGCAUCAAGGCCCAGGAUGGGGGCCGGCCUCCACUCAUCAAUUCCUCGGGGCUGGUGUUGGUGCAGGUGCUGGACGUGAACGACAACGCCCCCAUCUUUGUGAGCAGCCCCUUCCAGGCAGCUGUGCUGGAAAACGUGCCUCUCGGCCACUCGGUGCUGCACAUUCAGGCGGUGGACGCGGACGCAGGCGAGAACGCCCGACUGCGCUAUCGCCUGGUGGACACCGCGUCGACCUCCCUGGGUGGUGGCGGUCCUGUGUCCCAGGACCCUGGCUCUCCCCCGGAGUUCCCUUUCCAGAUCCACAACAGCUCUGGCUGGAUCACCGUGUGCGCGGAGCUGGACCGCGAGGAGGUGGAGCACUAUAGCUUCGGGGUGGAGGCGGUGGACCACGGCUCGCCGGCCAUGAGCUCCUCGGCCAGCGUGUCCAUCACGGUGCUGGACGUAAAUGACAACGACCCGGUGUUCACGCAGCCCGUGUACGAGCUGCGUCUGAAUGAGGACGCCGCAGUGGGGAGCAGCGUGCUGACCCUGCGGGCGCGCGACCGGGACGCCAACAGCGUGAUCACCUACCAGCUCUCCGGCGGCAACACCCGCAACCGCUUUGCCCUCAGCAGCCAGAGUGGCGGCGGCCUCAUAACCCUGGCGCUGCCGCUGGACUACAAGCAGGAGCGGCAGUACGUGCUGGCGGUGACCGCUUCCGAUGGCACUCGCUCGCACACCGUGCAGGUCUUCAUCAACGUCACUGACGCCAACACCCACCGGCCGGUCUUCCAGAGCUCGCACUACACCGUGAGUGUCAGCGAGGACCGGCCGGUGGGCACCUCCAUUGCCACCAUUGGUGCCACCGACGAGGACACGGGUGAAAAUGCACGCAUCACCUAUGUGCUGGAGGACCCUGUUCCACAGUUCCGCAUCGACCCGGACACUGGCACCAUCUACACCAUGACCGAGCUGGACUAUGAGGACCAAGCCGCCUACACGCUGGCCAUCACCGCUCGGGACAAUGGCAUCCCUCAAAAGUCCGACACCACCUCCCUGGAGAUCCUCAUCCUCGAUGCCAACGACAAUGCACCCCGCUUCCUGCGGGACUUCUACCAGGGUUCCGUCUUUGAGGAUGCGCCACCGUCCACCAGCGUCCUCCAGGUCUCGGCCACAGAUCGGGACUCAGGCCCCAACGGCCGUCUGCUGUACACCUUCCAGGGUGGGGACGACGGCGAUGGGGACUUCUACAUCGAGCCCACGUCCGGCGUGAUCCGCACCCAGCGCCGGCUCGACCGGGAGAACGUGGCCGUGUACAGCCUCCGGGCGCUAGCUGUGGACCGGGGGAGCCCCGCACCCCUCAGUGCCUCGGUGGACAUCCAGGUGAGCAUCUUGGACAUUAAUGACAACCCCCCAGUGUUUGAGAGGGACGAGCUGGAGCUGUUUGUGGAGGAGAACAGCCCUGUGGGGUCCGUGGUGGCAAGGAUUCGUGCCAAUGACCCCGACGAAGGCCCCAACGCCCAGAUCAUGUAUCAGAUCGUGGAAGGCAACGUGCCCGAGGUCUUCCAGCUGGACCUGCUGAGCGGCGACCUGCGUGCCCUGGCUGAGCUGGACUUCGAGGUCCGGCGGGAUUACGUGCUGGUGGUGCAGGCCACCUCGGCCCCGCUGGUGAGCCGGGCCACUGUGCACAUCCGCCUCCUGGACCAGAAUGACAACCCGCCUGUGCUGCCCGACUUCCAGAUCCUCUUCAACAACUACGUCACCAAUAAGUCCAACAGCUUCCCAACGGGCGUGAUCGGCCGCAUCCCAGCGCACGACCCCGACCUCUCAGACAGCCUCAACUACACUUUCCUGCAGGGCAAUGAGCUCCAGCUGCUGCUGCUGGACCCCACCACGGGCGAGCUGCAGCUCAGCCGGGACCUGGACAACAACCGGCCGCUGGAGGCGCUCAUGGAGGUGUCUGUUUCUGAUGGCAUCCACAGAGUGGCCGCACUCUGCACCCUGCGGGUCACCAUCAUCACGGACGACAUGCUGACCAAUAGCAUCACCGUCCGCCUGGAGAACAUGUCGCAGGAGAAGUUCCUCUCCCCGCUGCUGUCCCUCUUCGUGGAAGGGGUGGCCACGGUGCUGUCCACCACCAAGGACGACGUCUUCGUCUUCAACAUCCAGAAUGACACGGACGUCCGCGCCAACAUCCUGAACGUGACCUUCUCAGCCUUGCUCCCUGGCGGCGUCCGCGACAAGUUCUUCCCGUCGGAGGACCUGCAGGAGCAGAUCUACCUGAACCGGACGCUGCUGACGGCCGUGUCCACCCAGCGCGUGCUGCCCUUCGACGACAACAUCUGUUUGCGGGAGCCCUGUGAGAACUACAUGAAGUGCGUGUCCGUGCUCAAGUUCGACAGCUCGGCGCCCUUCAUCAGCUCCACCACCGUGCUCUUCCGGCCCAUCCACCCCAUCACCGGGCUGCGCUGCCGCUGUCCGCCGGGCUUCACGGGCGACUACUGCGAGACCGAGAUCGACCUGUGUUAUUCCAGCCCCUGCGGCACCCACGGCCACUGCCACAGCCGCGAGGGCGGCUACACCUGCGAGUGUCCGGAGGACUUCACCGGAGAGCACUGCGAGGUGAACACGCGCUCGGGCCGCUGCGCGCACGGGGUCUGCAAAAACGGGGGCACCUGUGUGAACCUGCUCAUCGGCGGCUUCCACUGCGUGUGCCCUCCCGGCGAGUUCGAGAGGCCCUACUGCGAGGUGACCACCAGGAGCUUCCCGCCCCGGUCCUUUGUCACCUUCCGAGGCCUGAGGCAGCGCUUUCACUUCACCAUCUCCCUCACGUUUGCCACCCGGGAGAGGAACGCCCUGCUGCUGUAUAAUGGCCGCUUCAACGAGAAGCACGACUUCAUUGCCCUGGAGGUUGUGGGUGAGCAAGUGCAGCUCACCUUCUCGGCAGGUGAGACUACAACCACAGUGACACCCCAGGUUCCCGGGGGCGUGAGUGACGGGCGCUGGCACUCGGUGCGGGUACAAUAUUACAACAAGGCGGGGAAGCAUCAUUCUCUUGUAGAGCCCAGCCUACAGAAACUGAGGAGUUAUUCAGUAGAAAGGAGGGUCGUUCAUGCAGCACAAUGUCACACGGCCAUGAAAAGUGAUGAGGUCGUGCUCUGUUUGCUGAUGUGGAACGCUGGACUGAAUCCGGCUGCCCCCUUUUUAACUCAGGGAGUGAGAAUGGGGGAGACGUCCACCAACAUCGCCACGCUGAACAUGAAUGACGCCCUCAAGGUCAGGGUGAAGGACGGCUGUGACGUGCAGGACCCGUGCACCUCCAGCCCCUGCCCUCAGCACAGCCGCUGCCACGAUGCCUGGGACGGCUACUCCUGCAUCUGUGACAAAGGGUACUUUGGAAGGCAGUGUGUGGACGUGUGCCAUCUGAACCCCUGCGAGCACGUCUCGGCGUGUGUGCACAAGCCCGGGUCCCCGCGGGGCUACGCGUGUGAGUGUGGGUCCAGUCACUACGGCCAGUACUGCGAGAACAAGGUUGACCUUCCGUGCCCCAAAGGCUGGUGGGGGAACCCCGUGUGCGGACCUUGCCACUGUGCUGUCAGCAAAGGCUUUGAUCCCGACUGUAACAAGACCAACGGGCAGUGUCAGUGUAAGGAGAAUUACUACAGGCCCCCGGAUCAGGACGCGUGCCUGCCGUGUGACUGCUUCCCGCACGGCUCCCACAGCCGGGCCUGUGACAUGGACACUGGGCAGUGUGUCUGCAAGUCCGGCGUCAUCGGUCGUCAGUGCAACCGCUGUGACAACCCUUUCGCUGAGGUCACCGCGCUCGGCUGUGAAGUGAUCUACAGUGGAUGUCCCAGAGCAUUUGAGGCUGGCAUCUGGUGGCCGCAGACCAAGUUCGGGCAGCCGGUGGCAGUGUCGUGCCCCAGGGGAUCCGUGGGAAACGCAGUCCGACACUGCAGCGGGGAGAAGGGCUGGCUGCCCGCGGAGCUCUUCAACUGCACCACCGUCUCCUUCCUGGAGCUCAAAGCCAUGAACGAGAAGCUGAGCCGGAACGAGACGCAGAUGGACGGCGACCGGUCCCUGCGGCUGGCCAAGGCGCUGCGGAAUGCCACGCAGCACACGGGCCAGCUCUUCGGCAACGACGUGCGCACGGCCUACCAGCUGCUGGCCCACAUGCUGCUGCAUGAGAGCCGCCAACAGGGCUUCGAGCUGGCGGCCACGCGGGACGCCGACUUCCACCAGGACGUCGUCCGCACGGGCAGUGCGCUCCUGGCCCCGGACACACAGGCCGCGUGGGAGCAGAUCCAGCGGAGCGAGGGGGGUGCGGUGCAGCUGCUGAGGGGCUUCGAGGCCUACUUCAGCAACGUGGUGCGCAACGUGAGGAGGACCUACCUGAGGCCCUUCGUCAUCGUCACGGCCAACAUGAUUCUGGCCGUCGACAUCUUCGACACGUUCAACUUCACGGGAGCCAGGGUGCCGCGAUUCGAGGACAUUCGCGACGAGUUCCCCAAGGAGUUGGAGUCCUCGGUGUUCUUCUCGGCUGACUUCUUCAAACCACCGGAGCGCAAAGAGAGCCCCAUGGUGAGGCCGGCCGGUCGGAAGGCCGCCCCGCAGACGGCGCGCCUGGAGCCCGGCGCCGAGAGGGAGGCCCUGUUCAGGAGGCAGAAGAGGCACCCCGACGAGCCCGGCCAGUUCGCCGUCGCCCUCGUCAUCAUCUACCGGAUGCUGGGGCAGCUCCUGCCCGAGCACUAUGACCCCGACCGCCGCAGCCUCCGGCUGCCUAACCGGCCGGUCAUUAACACGCCGGUGGUGAGCGCCGCGGUGUACAGCGAGGGGGCUGCCCUCCCCAGCCCCCUGGAGAGGCCCGUCCUGGUGGAGCACGUCCUGCUGGAGACCGAGGAGCGCACCAAGCCCGUCUGCGUGUUCUGGAACCACUCCAUCAAGUAA